CACCGAGCAGGUCUCGCCAAGGUGAUUCCACCCAGGGGAUGGAAAGCCAGGCAAACCUAUGAUGACAUCAGUGACAUCUUAAUAGCAGCUCCCCUCCAGCAGGUGGUGUCCGGGCAGGCAGGCGUCUUCACCCAGUACCACAAAAAGAAGAAAGCCACGACGGUGGGGGAGUAUUGCCAACUGGCAAACAGCGGAAAGUAUCGGACUCCACCACACUCGGAUUUUGAGGAUUUGGAGCGAAAAUACUGGAAAACCCGCCUCUACGAUUCUCCGAUCUACGGCGCUGACAUCAGCGGCUCCCUGUUUGACAAAAACACCAAAGAGUGGAACCUUGGACACCUGGGGACCAUUCAGGACCUGCUGGAGCACGAGUGCGGCGUGGUCAUCGAGGGCGUCAACACCCCCUACCUGUACUUCGGCAUGUGGAAGACCACGUUCGCCUGGCACACGGAGGACAUGGACCUUUACAGCAUCAACUACCUGCACUUCGGGGAGCCCAAGACUUGGUACGCGGUGCCGCCAGAGCACGGCCAGCGCCUGGAACGCCUGGCCACGGAGCUCUUCCCGGGCAGCGCCCGCACCUGCGAGGCCUUCCUGCGGCACAAGGUGGCUCUCAUCUCGCCCACCGUGCUCAAGGACAACGGGAUCCCCUUCAGCCGGAUCACGCAGGAGGCUGGCGAGUUCAUGGUGACGUUUCCCUAUGGCUACCACUCUGGCUUCAACCAUGGCUUCAACUGCGCGGAAGCCAUCAACUUCGCC